AUGGGCUGCUUCUUCUCCAAGAGGCGCAGCUCCCAGAAGGAGUCGCCGCCCAAGGGCGCGGAGGAGCCGCCGAAGCAGUACAGCUGGGACCAGCGCGAGAAGGUUGAUCCAAAAGACUACAUGUUCAGUGGACUGAAGAAUGAAACGGUAGGUCGCUUACCUGGGAAGGUGGCAGGACAGCAGUUUCUCAUUCAGGACUGUGAGAGCUGUAACAUCUAUAUUUUUGACCACUCGGCCACCAUUACCAUUGAUGACUGCACUAACUGCGUCAUUUUUCUGGGACCUGUGAAAGGCAGCGUGUUUUUCCGCAACUGCAGGGACUGCAAGUGCGCUGUAGCCUGCCAACAAUUUCGUGUGCGGGACUGCAGAAAGAUGGAAGUCUUUCUGUGCUGUGCCUCUCAACCCAUUAUCGAGUCUUCCACAAAUAUCAAGUUCGGCUGUUUUCAGUGGUACUACCCCGAAUUAGCUUUCCAGUUCAAAGAUGCAGGGCUAAGUAUCUUCAAUAAUAACUGGAGUAAUAUCCAUGACUUUACACCUGUGUCCGAAGAAGUCAACUGGAGCCUUCUUCCAGAGAAUGCUGUGAUCCACGACUACAUUCCUCCGCCUACGACCAGUGAGCUCCAAGCUGUGCGCAUUUCCACAGAAGCCAAUAGAAGUAUCGUUCCUGUAACCCAGGGGCAGAGACAGAAGAACAGCGAUGAAUCGUGCCUAGUGGUAUUAUUUGCUGGUGAUUACACUAUCGCAAAUGCCAUGAAACUAAUUGAUGAGAUGAUUCAUUUAGGGUUUUUCCUGAUUCAGACAAAGGAAGUAUCCAUGAAAGCGGAGGAUGCUCAGAGGGUUUUUCAGGAAAGAGCACCUGAAUUCCUUCAACUUCUGGACAAAGGUCCUGUUAUUGCCUUGGAGUUUAAUGGAGAUCGUGUUGUAGAAGAUUGUCAGAAUGUUGUCAAGGAGAUAUUCAAGAGCACCCAGACGUUUGUAUCACAAAACAAGGAGACAGCAUCUAGAGAUAUAGAUGGCUUCUACAACUUUGCUGACAUACAGAUGGGAAUGUGA